AUGGCGGGUCAUUUCCCUCAGGGUAGAGGUUCUCCAGGUGCCGGAGGCGAUCCAGAUAUCAUGUCUCUACCACCGAGGAUUCACCUCUUUGUUCCCGAGAGGUACGAUCCCCCGACGCGCAUCCUCCCACGGGCAAUUUUUUAUCAUUUUACGGACUUCGACGAUCGAGCCCCGGUGGAUCUUUUGCUGUGGGAGCCGGAGUCUCACCUCUCCCAUCAGGCACAGGAGGAGCGGACUGCAAAACAUCCCGUGUUUGACGCAUCUCUUCUCAAACACGAACUCAACAUACCUCCACAAUUCAUAUGGCCCGACCAUGAAAAACCCAGCCUCCAUGAGCCACCACCACUCUUCGUUCCACCUAUUGACUUGGGAGCCUUCAUCUCCGGUGACCCCCUAUCCGUCUCAACAGCUAUUCAACUUGUCGAUGAGGCUUGUAAGAAACAUGGCUUCUUCUUAGUCAUAAACCAUGGAGUUAGCAAAGAGCUUAUCAGUGAAGCUCACAAGAACAUGGACUUGUUUUUUGAUAUGCCAUUGAAAGAGAAACAGAGAGCUCAAAGAAAAGUUGGGGAAUAUCAUGGGUAUGCUAGUAGCUUUACUGGUAGGUACUCUUCCAGGCUUCCAUGGAAAGAAACUCUUUCUGUUAGAUAUUGCGAUGACGGUGGAUCAUCAAACGUGGUUGGAGAGUACUUGGUUAGCACAAUGGGUGAAGAUUUUAGACAAUUUGGAAGGAUAUACCAAGAUUAUAGUGAAGCAAUGAACAUUCUUUCACUUAGGAUCAUGGAGCUAUUGGGGAUGAGCCUAGGAGUGGGCCCAACCUAUUUAAGAGAAUUCUUUGAAGGAAAUGAGUCAAUAAUGAGAUUAAACAACUACCCCCCUUGUCUUAGAGCUCAUGAUACUCUUGGAACUGGUCCUCACCGUGAUCCAAACUUGCUCACUAUCCUUCAUCAAGACAAUGUUGGUGGGCUUCAAGUGUUUGUUGAUCAACAAUGGCACUCCAUUCUUCCCAAUUCACAAGCUUUUGUUGUCAACAUUGGAGACACAUUCAUGGCUCUAUCAAAUGGAAUUUACAAGAGUUGCUUGCAUAGAGCAGUGGUAAACAAACAAGUUCCAAGGAAGUCUCUGACCUUCUUUUUGUCUCCAAACAUGGACAAAGUGGUGAGCCCACCUAAUGGAUUGGUCAGCAGUCAUAAUCCAAGGAUAUAUCCAGACUUCACUUGGCCAACUCUUCUUGAAUUCACUCAGAAGCAUUACAGAGUUGACAUAGAUACCAUUGAUGUCUUCUCAAAUUGGCUUCAAUGCAAAACCAACUGA